CCAUUGACAAUCUGAAGCCCUGCGGUGGUGCGAAAGAGGGGAAACCGAUCAAAGCAGAGAAAGAUGGUGAAGGUUUCAACGUACUUCGCAAUGUCGCUGGGAGCUUUCUUAUUCUGGCAGUCUAUGGAUAAGGUCCAUGUCUGGAUCGCUCUUCGACAGGACGAAAAGAAAGAAAGGUUGGAGAAGGAAGCGGAGAUCAGAAGAGUGAGAGAAGAAUUGUUGCGGGAGCAGGCCAGCAAGGACUCCCUUGCAUGAAUAUGAUGUGAUUUUGUUGGCAUUUUCUCUGUAUUUUCCCUUGCUCUGUGCUUUUCCAAUGCAAUGUUAUGCUCAAAUACAAUUCCUUGCUUAUAACCACAUCAACUCUAUUCUGGUGGUGGCUGUCCAUCAUUGUCAUUGACACAAGACCCCAUUUCAUAAAAUACUGCUCGUCAUCAUCACUCAUUGGAAUAUAUGGCCGCGUGUUGCAUUUCAUUUCCUUUCAGCUGUGAGUACGAUAUGUGUGGGUGAUAAAGCCUCUUUCAACAAAAAUUUUUUAGUUGUGAUGGUAAUUUCCUGUAUAGAGUCUAUUCAUCGAAGUUUGGCUUGGCAGCAGAUCAUGUAUUGAAUUGUCUGAAAGGCAAGUGUCUUCAUUCUACUGGCUGUUAAGAAAAUGUUUGACGUGCUGGGUUUUUCUUAUGGCGAUGACAUUAAUGCAGCCAUAUGUUUGAGUGCUCGCAGAAGAAUUUAUUGGUGGUAUUUGUGA